GGCGUGGCAUGAAUAAUGAAAGCCUGCGGGGGGAGGGGGCCCGACCCGCCCCCUCGGGCGGGAAGGGGGAAGCGCCGAGGCUGCCUGACUGGAAUGAGGGUAGCUGCGGCGACUGCGGCGGCGGGAGCGGGGCCGGCCAUGGCGGUGUGGACGCGGGCCACCAAAGCGGGGCUGGUGGAGCUGCUCCUCAGGGAGCGCUGGGUCCGGGUGGUGGCCGAGCUCAGCGGGGAAAGCCUAAGCCUCACGGGCGACGCUGCGGCGGCUGAGCCCGAGCCGGCUCUGGGGCCGGCGGCGGCUGCCUUCAACGGCCUCCCGAACGGCGGCGGCGCCGGCGACUCGCUGCCUGGGAGCCCCAGCCGCGGCCUGGGUCCCCCGAGCCCGCCCGCGCCCACGCGGGGCCCAGCGGGCUUUGCGGAUAGAGUCCGUUCCCUCCCCCUUCACGUCCUCUGCUUCCCCGCGCCGGUAGUCAAGUUCAUCCGAGAAGUAACACCAUAUAUCAAGAAGCCAUCAUUAGUAUCAGAUCUACCAUGGGAAGGUGCAUCUCCUCAGUCACCAAGCUUUAGUGGCAGUGAGGACUCUGGUUCUCCAAAACACCAAAACAGCAUCAAGGACAGGAAGGUCAUCCCUCUCAAAAUGUGCUUUGCUGCUAGAAACCUAAGCAUGCCGGAUCUGGAAAACAGAUUGAUAGAACUACAUUCUCCUGAUAGCAGGAACACGUUGAUCCUACGCUGCAAGGAUACAGCCACCGCGCACUCCUGGUUCGUAGCUAUCCACACCAACAUAAUGGCUCUCCUCCCACAGGUACUGGCUGAACUCAAUGCCAUGCUUGGUGCAACCACUACAGCAGGAGGCAGCAAGGAGGUCAAGCACAUUGCCUGGCUGGCAGAACAGGCAAAGCUAGAUGGUGGAAGACAACAAUGGAGACCUGUCUUAAUGGCUGUGACUGAGAAGGAUUUGCUGCUUUAUGACUGUAUGCCAUGGACAAGGGAUGCCUGGGCAUCACCGUGUCAUAGCUACCCUCUUGUUGCCACAAGGUUGGUUCAUUCUGGCUCCGGAUGUCGAUCACCCUCACUUGGAUCUGACCUAACGUUUGCUACCAGAACAGGCUCUCGGCAGGGCAUCGAGAUGCAUCUCUUCAGGGUGGAGACACAUCGGGAUCUGUCAACCUGGACCAGGAUACUUGUUCAGGGUUGCCAUGCUGCUGCUGAACUAAUUAAGGAAGUCUCUCUAGGCUGCACGCUAAAUGGCCAAGAAGUAAGAUUCACUGUGCACUAUGAAAAUGGGUUCACUAUCUCCAAGGAAAAUGGAGGUUCCAGCAGCAUAUUGUACCGGUACCCCUUUGAAAAGCUGAAAAUGUCUGCUGAUGAUGGCAUCAGAAAUCUGUAUCUGGAUUUUGGUGGUCCUGAGGGAGAACUGACCAUGGACCUGCAUUCUUGUCCGAAGCCGAUCGUAUUUGUGUUGCACACGUUCUUGUCAGCCAAAGUCACUCGCAUGGGACUGCUCGUAUGAGCAGCACAGAAUCAGAAAAGAGUCUUGAAUGUCACAAGAAGUAUUUCCACCUCAAAAAAAAAAAAAAAAGCACAAAAAGAAAGCUCUUUGCUCUCUCCUCCAGCACAGUGCCUUGACGAGGACCUGCAGAUCACUGCUGAACAGUAACCGUGUUUAAAGAAGAGCCUGCCUUUCAUGAGCUACCUUGGCCAGAAAUUCUAGGACUCUAAUAAGCUCCAGACUGAAGCUGUUGAUUUAUUGUCUCGUUUCCUAAUGUGGUUUCUAAGUCACUAGGUUUAUUUCCCCUGUGAAGAAGGAUGGCUCAUUGUGGGUUUUUGUUUUGGGUGGUUUUUUUUUUUUUUUUUUUUGGUCUUUUUAGGGCAGAAUGAAAUACUCAAGGGUUGUUUUCAUUUUCUUCUUCCUACAGGACUUGUUUCGAGCUUAGCCUUGACAUCUUGCUUAGUUCAACCGUCUCUUCCCAGGUGCCAGUUAUCAGCCACCUGUGCUUCUUGGCCAUUCCAGAUAGGUCGUACGUGCUGUUGGAGCUUACUUUCACUUAAUCCUUCCACCCUAGGAAGUCCUUGAAUUGCAUACCAAAGCAUCUCCCAUCUGUCCUGGCUCUCCUGCAUCCCACCCUGGCUGUCACUUUCCCACCGCAUCACAAGCUUUGCCACUUAUAAGUGCUACCUUUAGGACUUAGAACUUGCGAAAUUUGAUUUGCCUUGCCUUCCACUCCCUUUCUAGUGGCGACCAAGUUGGAAACCACUGAUUUGAAAGAAGAGGUUUGCUUGUUUUAAGAUUUUUCUGAUUUAUCUUUGGUAGGAGCCAGGGGAUAAGAUUUCUUUAAAAAAAAAAUCCUUUUUUUAGCCUAAGCCAUUUUUUAUUGCUUACCAAAUGUGCCUUUGGUUAGGGUUAGUGGAGCUUUAUUAGUCACUAUUUUAAUAACUGGAUAUCACUGCCAUUCCAGGGAGAUCAUCCAUCUUAGUUUUGAGGAAUAGUCUUUGAAAUGGGUUUCCUUAGGAGUAUCUUUUCUAGUAGGCAGAUCUCAUUGAGGAGGAUAAAUCUUGUGGAGAGCCCGCUUGUUUAAAAAGCAGGUUCUAUAAAGCCAGCUCUUCAGCACGAACAUCAUGUGCUGUUGCUUUGGGCUUUGAGAGCCCAUGCUGGAUCCUGGCCCUGGUCCUCUCCCUUUGUGGCAGGAGAGUGGCAUGGACAGGCAGCUGCUAAUUCAAGACUCACUGUUAGCUUGGUAAUGCAUUCUACCGUGGCCAAAGUGAGAUCUCGGAACAGCUACCUGGGUUUUGCUAAGCAUUGCCAGAUGUCAUGAUGAGGACUUAGUAGCAGUAAGAUUGCUGAUUUUGUGGUAUUAAAGAAUCGCACUCAGCUUGUUUUUCCUAAUUAUGAAGGAGGUAUAUAUCUGAAAACAUUUAAAAUAGUAUAAUAGCUAUAUAAAAUGUCAAGAUUACUGCAGUCCCCAGAUCUGAAAGAAAAGGUAAUAUUGACUUGGAUGUUCUCGGUGUUAUUUGAAGAAAUGUCUAGGACUAGUUCUCACUUACUAGAUUUAUUAGGAGUGCCAUAAGAGGAUGUGAGCACUUCGGAGAGUAGAGGAGGGUGGCACUCCAAAUAGAGAGGAAAAAACCCCACAACCAUAAAUGCAGAACAUGAGCGAUUUGGUGUGAGUGCAGACUGACCUAGGUGGGACAUUUGAAAGAGCAGACUCAUUAGCAGAGAGUUUGAGUUAGACACUGUCACCCCACUGUCUUUCUUCUACCCAUAAUUCAGUCCUCCUUCCCCUUGUACAGUGAGAUUAACCACAUACAGAGGCUGGGGAGAGAACUGUUCUUCCCGUGGCUACCAUUCCAAAAAUAAAUGAUUUGAUCCACUUCAAACCGGAAAUUGGAAUCUAGACUAGAAUAUGUCUUUCAAGAACUUUUUGUGUUUUAAAGAUUCAUAAACCUAUGUUUGGUUCCAUCUGAAGUAAAUUUGCAAGGGAAGAAAAAAAAUAUCUUGAAGGUCCAGCUAUGAUUUCUGGAAGCAGAAUUUCAACACAUAAUACCCUCAGAUAAGGGAGCUUAGACACUCUUCACAGUGAGAGCAUUAUUAACCCGAAAAGUUGCACAAUGCAGUCACAGACUUCGCAGCAAAGCCGUUUGGUUGUGGUUUUCUUGGUUAGUGUAAAGGCUAAGCCACUGAGAAUAUUUUCCGGGGAAACUUCUGAGCCCCCGUGCUUAUCACUUAUAUGAGAAAGAUCUCUAAAAAAGGUGUGAUGAACGUGUGAGCAGGAGAAGGUAAAGCGUGUGAGUCAUUUUGGCUCAUUUUGUUCAAGCUUGACUGUCAUGUUUAACACCAAGGUUCAUAGGGUUUUUAAAAAUCUUUUGAGUCUUAAUGUGAGAUGAAAGUGUGUGGGAGAUUUCCUUUGACCACUAGCACUCCCGAGAGCAAGAGCCCUUAAGCUGUUUCUGUGACAUCAACAGCUUUCCAAUCAUGGGUGACCAGCUUCUUCUUCAAUUAAGUGUGUUUGUGGAAUUUUCAAACCACAAAUGAAGUGCUUUUUAUGAAUAGGACAGCCUUGAUAAAUAUGUAUUUUGUAUUAAGAUGCCAAAAUACAAAUUAUUUUCAAAUGAGGACUAAAAAUGGGUAUUUGGGGUAUUUCACACCUUUUAUAGAACAGCUUGUCAUUUCUUUUUCAUUUUGAAUUAGAAAAUUGCUGAGAAUGUUGUGGGCUUCCAUGUGUAGAAGUUUCGUUUCCAUUCAUCCCAAUGGACCCGCUUCCUGUGCCCUCAAUUCCCCCCAGACCUGGGGCUUAGACAUCUUCUCCAUAUUCCACACAGAUGUCUACAAGGAACCAAUUGGUGUGUGAAAAUUCUUCCUCCUCAUUUCCUAAAAUUUCUCCCUUUCUUCUUGAAAGAGAAAGGAAAGAAAGAAAGAAAGAAAAAGAAAAGAAAAGCUCAGUUAUUCUUUUUCUGAAAAAGGUAAGCCCUUUCCUGAAGUUACCACACCAACCUUACCUGGAAAUUAGUAUCUGAUAUUUUAUAUGAAGUAAUACUUUAAUGUAUGUUUAUACAGUAUUUAUUAGAUAAUUAUAACUAUUAAUUCCUCUACCUAGUAGACAGUUUCAGAUUAAAUAUUGGGACAUAUACAAGCAAUCAAAAAUAUUACUUUAAAUGUCAUUCACCUAUUUUAAAGCCAUGUUUUAGCACUUUUUAGGCUAGGUAAAGUCUGAUAGUGCCUGUUUUUAUCAGCUGUACCCUCACAAACUUUGUUAUGGAACAUUAUUAGAUGGCAGGAGAGAUUGAUUUAUUUAUUUCUUAUAUUUUUAAAAGUGGAAAAAUCUAACCAACAAAUGAUUAAAUUGUCACUGAUUAUUUGUUUUCCUAAUUUAUCUUCCUAAGCAGAAUGGUAACAAAGUUUUAUUCAGCCAAUUAAAUGCACUUAGCUAAUGAACCAAAAUUUAUUCUUAAAAAAAAAAAAUUAAGCUGUGUGGAAUCUGGACAAGAUUGUUUCUCCUAGAAAAAGUUUUCACUGUAAAUGGUUUUGAUGGACAAAAGUGUGACCACAUUUGAGAAAAGGUUAUGAUGGAUUUUUUUUUUAAUUUGUGAGAAACUCCAGGUCUUCUUGUUUAAUUUAUAUGCAUGUGGAUAUAUUUGUAUGUUUUCAAAAACAUGGAAGAAUCUCCGUAUUUUUAAUGCAAAUUAUAUUGUAAGCUGCUAUGCAAAUUCUAUUAAAAGCCCUACCUACUUAAAAGUUAAACAUUUUUGAAGCUUUCAGGGAAGACCUGUAGACUUAAGCACUUUCUCUGCUUUUUUGUAUCUUACCUUGGACACUUACGCUGAACUUUGUUAUUAUUUUCACUGGUUAUAAGCUAUUGAUUGUACAUAAUAUUGAAACUAUCCAAAUAUCCAGCAUACAUUUCCAUGUUGCUGCCAUCCACCAUUGACGCUACAAAUGAAGGGAGGGGGGUGUUAGAAAGCCAAAGGUCAUCUUUUUUCAAUUGCUAAUGAGGAAGUGAAAUGCUAGAUCCCUUUGGUCUCAAAACAAAUUCCUCUGAUCAGAUGAAAUAUCUGUGUAAGAGACUUUAAAUUUGGGAUUCUGCUUAAACUUUAAGCUUAAGUUGAAUUUGACCAUAAUCAUAUUCACUCUUUUUGUGUGUAUAUCUCUAUCAGGUCUAUAAUGUGCCAGGUGGUAUUAUAUUAUAUUCUGUCUUGAGUUUGGAAAUCUUUCAGUUAGAUUUAAAUUGUUCUUGUGGCUUUUUUUUCCCCUCCUGAAGAUGAAACCAGAGGAAUCUGCCAUUUGCUGUUCUUUUUCUCUCAAGAUUGCUUGGUAAUCUAGAAUUCUUUUUACUUUCUACAUACUGUCUUUAAAAACUGACAGCAGCAAUCUCUCUCCCCCUUCUCCUUUUUUAAGGCUGUCUCCUUCCCUAUACUGGGUAUAUAGACAAUAAAUGUGUGAUGACAGUCAGUUAUAGAAUAAUUAUGUUGUAUAUCAGGAUUCUGUGUUUUUGAGCAAUAUAGCUACUCCUAUCAUGUAACGAUAAGUGAAAUUUACGCUAGAAGUAGACUGCUUAGUGGCAGAUUGGAAACCAUUUCUCUAAAAAAAAAAAAAUACAGAUCAAUGAUACAAGUUCAUUCUAUCAAGGGAGAGAAUUUCAAGUAAAAUAAGGUACCAAAAGUAGGUUCACAGAGCACACCUGUACAUCUGUUGUCUUUUUUUCUUUUUUUUUUUUUUUUUGGCAAUAGCUAAACUACCAACUGGAGAAAUGGCUUUUAUGUAUUAACUCAACAAACUAUUUUAACCAGAUUUCUUCUUUUGUUUCAAAAUUGAUAAACUUGAGCUUCAUCUCUUGCCACCUCCAUUCUUCCCACUUGAGGUAACUGAACCAAAGCAGACUUAAGUUUUAAAAGUCAAUCUGCAUUUGAUGUAAUUCAUAAAUAAUGCCAUUUGCAAAUGAUUCUUUGCUCUCUAAUGAACAUUGGACUAUAUUCAGCAAAAAUCUACCAUCUGAACUGUAAUCCUUGAAUUGCUCCAAAAUAGAUUGGUUGAAACUAAAAAGCUAUAAUAGAGAAAUGAUACUUUAUUAUAUCGUAAGAUUAGCUGCCCCGGUAGAUUCCUGGUACCUUCCUCAGUUCUGUUGUUUUGUUACCUCCAUGCUAUUGACACAGAUGCUUUGUUUUAGAGUCCCUCUUUAUCCCAGUCACAUAUUAUACCCUUGGAACCUGAGUGUUCUGUCACCUCUUCCAAAGUGAUAGAAGUCUCUUAUGAAUAGACAAAAGGUUCUUUGGGGGCAUAGAGGAAUUCUGAAAUCACAGGCUAAUUAAUGACAUAUUAAUUCAAGUAUUAUUUCAUCUGAUAAGCAUUGAUCAGGUACUUUGAAGGGUCCAAAAGAAAGUUCCAGCCCUCAAGUAGCACAUAAUCCAUUAUUUCUCAGUUAUACCAUGCCAUCUGUCAAUCAGCGGUUAAGUAAUUAACCACUUCAUACUUUGUUACCAAAGUACCUCUGCAGUUCUGCUCCUCUGGCUGACUGGAAAAUGUUCAAAAUGGUGCUCGGUUUUUGGUCCAUGCCAACAUGAAAGAACUCCAAGCACAUUUAAGCAGGUCAGUCUUUUUAUUAUGCUUAAUUUUUUUAAUGCAAAAUUACACUUCAGUGGGGACUGGCUCAGUUGGUGGAGCAUACGACUCUUAAUCUUGGGAUUGUGAGUUUGAGCCCCAUGUUGGGUGUGGAGAUUACUUAAAAAAUCUUUUUAAAAAAUUAGACUUCAGUUUGAGAAGAACAAUGUAGAAUAUCCCUGGGAAUAAAUCACAACAACAACAGAACUUAAGCUCUGUUGCCCAAAGUGGAUCAACAGGAAAGUCUUUAAAGAAAUGCUUCUGUUAACUAUCAAUAGCAAAGCUGAAUGUAUAUUUCAUCUACCCCUAUUUCUAAAUUGUGCUGAUGCAUACAUUUCCACACUUACACCCUUCAAACGUUUCAUUUGCUGAAAGUCCUUAUACGUGGUAAAAGGAAUAUUUGUAAUGGUGUGUCAAAAUGAAGAUAUUUUAAACCUAGCAAAAUUCCACUUACUCUAGUACACUCUGACACUCAAACUCAAUGAGAAAACAAGGAAACAAUGGAGGCUAGUUGAAUUUUUCCAUAAUUUUCAUACAGUGACAGCCCCCUCCCAUCCACCUUGCCUUCUAUUUAUUAUUAGGGUCAGCUUUUAAGGCAGCAUCCUUCAUCAUACCCAGAAAGUACCUCAGUCAUCUGUGAUUAGAAUGGCACAGGGCACAUAGUCACGUGGGCUCCUUACCCUUUGUUUUCCAGCGUCCCGGAGUAGUGCACACAAAUUAGGUCCUGCCUCCAGUGUGUUGGCCUUUACUUAAAACCUACCCUUUGACAAUCAGGUGCUAAUGAUUCUAUGUUAUCGGAACCAGCACAUGAGUAUUGUCGUGUAAGUGUCUGUUCCUCCUAGGUUGGCAGAAGUGCUUUCCUUCAUAAUCCUGUUCUAGAGGGUAUCAGUUGUGUUUUUCACCUCUGUUUUGUGAAUUACUAAAAUUUGGGGGAGAGGAAAUGAUUUCAGCUAAGUUUUGGGGUUUGACAGAAUCAUCAAUCUCAGCGAUAUUCUUCACACCUGUAGGAAGUCUACUCUGAUUACAAGAACAGGUGUGGGUUUUGUAUUUUUUUUUCUCCAGCAUAAGACUCCAGUAUUAUGUUUACAAUCUGUUGGAUGUGUUCAGCAUGAUAAGACCUUGGUGCCCAAAGAGUCUGUUUCCCUUUUGGUACCAGACCCAAGGUCUUCCAGAAGAUAAUGUGGCAAACCACUACCUACGAAGGCCUAUUUUGGCUAAUCUGUGCAAAUUCUGACUAUACCCCUUGUAUGUAUUUUGUUCCACACAACUUUCAUUUUUGUUAAUACUUAAGUCUUAGAAAGCUAGAAUAAUACUUCUACAAGAAAUCAAAAAUAUGUGAUAUUCUGGUUUUUUUCUUCUUUUUAGAACCCUGUAUUUAAACAAGACUUCUUUUUAAGUGUUGUUUAAAAUUUAGUUCUCAAAUCCUCUGGUAUCAUCAGGCUACCAAAUCAAAACUUACGGCAUAAAACAGGGCAGUAUGUGUGUUCUUAAGAAUUAAAAAAAGCUUUAUGUGUACUCUAUAAAUGCAUAGACAACACUUCCCCUUGAGUUGCACAUCGACAUACAGCAUUGUACAUUACAAUGAAAAUUUGUAACUUAAGGGUAUUAUAUAUAUAAAUACAUAUAUAGCUUUGUAACCUUUAUACUGUAAAUAAAAAAAUGCUUUUAGA